AUGAAAUCUCUUCCUUCAGAAGAAUCUAGUGACCCUGUGAUUCAAGCCUUACAAAGCCUCGCCUUCGACGGAACCCCAGAUGGAAACGACUACUUCAAAGGAAAACGCUAUCGAGAAGCCAUCAGCUUCUACACGCAGGGAAUUGAUGCCGAGCCAUCUGAUAAUGUAUUGCACGAAGCUCUGUUAUGCAAUCGUGCCGCAUGUAAUCUCGAACUAAAGAACUAUGGUUCCGUGCUUAGAGACUGCUCGAAGGCACUUAUCCUGAAUGCAAAGUCUUCGAAAGCCUAUUACCGCUCUGCUAUGGCAUUAUCCGCGCUAGGGCGAUACGAAGAGUCCCUCGAUUGUUGCGAGAGAUGUCUGGAGUACGACCCAGAAAACCAAGGAGUUAGGUCAGUCCGCGAUAGUUCCGCAAAGGCCAAGGCAGAGAAGCUCCGCAAAGAGUGUGAAAAACAGGAACGAAUACAUAACAAGCAAAGGGAGAAGAAACUCUUGCAGGUGGCGUUCAAGGAACGCAAUUUGUUUCCCGUAUACAACCCGAAAGGGUCAUCAGAGAACCCAUACGAGCCUCAUUUUGACCCAGAUGACCCUGAAGGAACGACAUUGAUAGUCCCCGUGUUCUUCUUGUACCCACAAUAUGCGACAUCAGACGUCAUAGCACAUUUUGUCGAAGAUACCACCUUUUCGACUCAUAUUUUUCAAAUGUUUCCGCCCCAGGCGCCUUCACCGAGCUGGGAUAAAGCUGGGCAGUACGUUGCAAACACCCUCGUGGUAUACGCGAUAACAAAAAGGAAGCGGCUACUCAAAGUUGGCAAGAAGAUGUCAUUGAGGGACGUGUACAACGUCGCGAAGGCGAAAGAAGGGGAACCUGACGACGGAUUGGAGUUGAAAGAUGGGUGUUUGACGUUCGUUAUUGUUCCAAAGGGAGAGGUAGAGCAGAAUUGGGUAGAUGAAUUCAAGCGGACACGAACACCAUACGGUAAGACUCAUCGCAAAAAAGACAUCGACGAAGGCGUCAAGCUCGCCAUGUCAGUCAACCACAAGAUCCUCCGUACUGCAAAUGCACCCACUACCUCCCCUGAUGAAACUGAGGUUUCCGUCGCUCAGGCCCUAAUCGACCUCGAGAACAAUGUCCCUGAACUCAAGACUGAGCUCCGCGCUCUGCAAAUUUCUGCCGCACGUGAAGUUGAUGUACGAGGUGGAAAGAAGGCUAUUGUUGUGUUCGUUCCCAUUCCCCAACUAAAGGCGUUCCACAAGGUGCAGCAGAGACUCACGCGUGAGCUGGAGAAGAAAUUCUCUGACCGCCACGUCGUUUUCGUCGCUCAGCGCCGGAUGCUGAGCAAGCCUACCCGUAACUCGCGGGUGAAGCAAAAGAGACCCCGCUCUCGUACACUCACGGACGUCCACGAAAAGAUUCUCGAGGACCUUGUCUUCCCGACUGAGAUUGUUGGCAAGAGGACUCGGGUAUCUGUUGACGGAUCAAAACUUUUGAAAGUCAUCCUUGACCCGAAAGAUGCAACAUCGCUCGAGUACAAGCUUGAUUCGUUCUCUUCGGUAUACCGCCGUUUGACGGGCAAGGACGUUACGUUCGAGUUUCCCCCUGCAAACCAAGAGUAG